UAACCAAUGUUAUAAAAUUCACAAGAAGCUAGAGUACUUAAAAGCUAGCAAAACCCAAUUCACACACAUGGCUUGGUCAACAACAUCCUCAAGCACCCCGCAACAAAAGCACGAUGUGUUCCUCAGCUUCAGGGGAGAGGAUACACGGUACACUUUCACAGGCCAUCUUCAUGCAACUCUCACCAGAUUGCAAGUCAAAACAUACAUAGACUAUGAUCUCCAGAGAGGGGAUGAGAUUUCAUCCUCACUUCUCAGGGCCAUCGAGGAGGCAAAGCUCUCUGUCAUUGUUUUCUCCAAAAACUAUGGAAAUUCAAAGUGGUGCUUGGAUGAACUUGUCAAGAUACUUGAGUGUAAGAGGACGAGGGGGCAAAUCGUGCUGCCCGUUUUCUAUGAUAUUGAUCCCUCCCAUGUCCGCAACCAGACCGGGACUUAUGCUGAAGCAUUUGUCAAGCAUGGUCAAGUAGAUAAGGUGCAAAAGUGGAGGGAGGCUUUGAGAGAAGCAGCUAAUCUCUCUGGUUGGGAUUGCUCUGUCAACAGGAUGGAAUCUGAAGUGAUAGAGAAAAUUGCAAAGGAUGUGCUGGAAAAACUGAACCGAGUAUAUGUUGGAGACCUGGAUGAAAAGAUUGCAAAGUUUGAGCAACUAGCACAGCUUCAACGUGAGUUUUAUGAAAGCAUACCUACCCUGGAAAAUCUUAAUUAUCAUCAAGCAACUGUUCAACGUGUCACAGAACUUAAAAUGGAGAAGAAUGUCCGCAUGCUUCGCUUGUCACCUGACAUGCUUUCACAUUUGGGUCAUUCAAACAAUAUGUAAUUUUCAGUUUUAUGAGAGAUUAAUGGUUGUUGUUAAGUUUCAAUGAGAUGAGAGUUUGUAAUUUUAAUUUUCUUACUACAAUUUCUAACCAAA